AUGGCCGCCGCUUACCCGCAGCGGGCCCUGACGGUGCUGUUGCUCUUCGGUACCUUGGCCGCUGCCAUGGCCCUGCUCGCCUCCAGCCUCAUCUUCCAGCUGCCGUCGGGGCGGGUCGGUCCCGGUGCCGGUCCCGGUCGAGGGGCUCUGCCGGAGCCAGCGGCCGCAGUGCUGCUGCCGGUAUCGGCCGUGCUGGCCGCGCUCUGCCUGGUGCUCAACGUGAGCUGCCUCCUCCUCUGCCUCCUCCAUGGCUACUUCAGCACCGAGCUGUGCCGGGGGCAGCCUGGGCCCGACCGGGCAGACUGGUUCCUCCUGGACAGCCGCACCGUGCGCCACGCUGCCAUCGGCCUCUUCUGCUGCGGGGUCUCUGUCUACCUGACAGCUCUCGCCAUCUACAUGCUGCUGCUGUUUGAGUUGGAGGCUGGCAUCGCCAGCGCCUGCAUCCUCUCCUCUGGCAUCAUUGUCCUGCUCAUCACGGUCACCCAUGCCCUGGUUCGGGCUUCCCAGGUUUCCCGGCGCGGCCGCUCCGAGCUCUCUCACACUCUGUAUGAGAACGACUCUGCCCAGCACGGAGACUCCUCCACCAGUGAUCUCAACAACAAGAACGUGGCUGUGCCCCGGCCUCAGCCUCAGAUCCACCGGGAAUAUUCCUUCCCUCAUUUCCUGGAGCGCAAAUCCCAGCUGGGCUCCCCGGCCAGCAGCAACCUCACCUCCUCGGGCAGCCCCGGCCUCCGCUCCGAGAAGGAGAAUUACAACCUGCCCCGAACACACAGGACACUGUCAGCAGAGUCGGGUCUGCUGCAGGCACAGGGCAAGCCCUGGAACAGCAUCACGCAGGAGAUGAGGAACCUGAUGUCUCGCAAACCUGGAGCCUCAGGCAAGGACUCGACUCUGGUGUGAGUGGAAGUGGGACCUUUUCUCCCCAUCUCCUCCUAGGGGACCUGCAGGCACC